AUGUUGGUCGAUAGAGUAGGUUUGUGGUAUAGUGUUCUUGUCGCCCGUUAUGGCAAGGUUGGUGGGAGGUUGGAGUUGGGGGGCCGGAGUUGUUCUUCUUGGUGGAGGGAGGUAGGGAGGAUUCGAGAUGGGGAUGGUGGUGUAGGGGGUAGUUGGUUUGGUGAUAGUGUGCGUAGGAAGGUGGGCGAUGGGACCGAUACGUUGUUUUGGCAGCACUGGUGGUGUGGCCGAGCGCCUCUUAGAGAGUUGUUUCCGAGGUUGUUUGAUUUAGCUAUGAACAAAGAUAUUUCUGUAGCUAACAUGUUUUCCUUGAGGUUGUUGCGAGGUGGGGAGGGGUGGAGUUGGAGGCGGAGGCGGAGGUUGUGGGCGUGGGAGGAGGUUUUAUUAGAGGAGUGUAGAGCAUUACUGCUUGAUGUUUCUUUGUUUCCUAAUAUUUCAGAUUCUUGGGUUUGGCUUCCUGACACCAUUGGAGGUUUCACAGUUCGAGGUGCUUAUAAGGUCCUUACAGCGACUGUCAAUCCCAACAGGGAUAGUGCUUUGGAUUUGGUUUGGCAUCAUCAGGUUCCUUUGAAGAUUUCAAUCUUCGCUUGGCGUCUCAUUAGGGAUCGGUUACCGACGAGAGCAAAUUUGGCAGCAUGUGGUAUCUUACAGUUAGACACUGCUUUGUGUGUGGCAGGGUGUGGUAUGAUUGAGACAGCAGAUCACUUAUUUCUUUCUUGCCUGUCUUUUGCGGUUUUAUGGGAGCAGGUGCGGCACUGGAUAGGUUGUGUUGGGGUUGACUCCAACACUAUUUCUCAUCACUUUGUGCAGUUCACUAGUUUUUCAGGUUUCGGCAAAGUUAGGAGGUCUUUUCUUCAGUUAUUAUGGCUUCUGACAUCUUGGGUGAUUUGGAAUGAGCGUAAUAUUCGUUUGUUUAAAAAUGUGAUUACCGAGGUUCCUAGAUUACUUGAUAAAAUUAAGUUGUUAUCUUUAGCGUGGUUGAAGGCUAAAAAUGCCACUUUUGUUUUGGAACUCAGAUGUGGUGGUCAAGUCCUAUGGUUUGUUUGGGCUUUGGCUAAUCACCGGAGGUUGUUUCCUCUUGACUUUGUUACUGUGUGUUCUCUUUGUUUUGUUGUUAGUGGUCUUUUGGCACACCUUGUGCUAAGAGAUUGA